AUGGUCCCUUGGGCCGAAGGUUUGACAGUCCUGCGGUUGCGAUACUAUUUCUGGGGUCCUGGCAAUACUCUGCAACAUUCGCUGGAGGGACUCAUGCGGACCUUGCUUCAUCAACUGUACCAACAGCUGGACAACAGGUUCGUGCAGUAUGUGCCUCAUCACAAGUGGACAUCAGCGCAAACAUCUCGUGGUACCACUCUGAAGUGGACGGUAUCUGAACUCCGGGAGUCCUUGAGGAUAAUCCUCUCGUACGUUUCGAGGUCUUGUAGAGUCUUGUUCAUAUUAGACGGCUUGGACGAGAUCGACGGUGAUGAAGACUCGCGAGACGACCUGGCUCAGUUCGUGCAAGAGCUUGCCCGCUGGCAUGGCGUCAAAUUGAUCGUCUCAAGCCGUCGCUGGACAGUUUUCCAGGAUGCAUUUGCCACAUGUCCACAAUUGCGUUUGGAAGACCUGAAUUAUCAAGACAUUCGGUUGUUCGUGGAAGGCCAACUGCAAUCGAACGCGCGGUACCAACAGAUGGUAGCUCACGAACCUCGAGCUGUACAUCUUGUGGCUCAGUUGACCUCCAAAGCGGAAGGCGUCUUCCUGUGGGUCCGGCUGAUCAUCAAGGAGCUUUUCCGCGGCAUUCGAGAUGGCGAUACCUAUGCAAUGCUUGAGUACCGCGUGCAAAGUCUACCCAGCGAUCUGAGCCAAUACUUCGCCCAAUUGUUCGAUUCCAUUGAACCACGUCACCGUCGCGAAGCAUGCAUAUUCUUCCAAAUCGCGCUU